AGCACCCUUCACCCUUCAACCCUUCAUCUCUAUUCCUCAUCACUCCUCUGCGAAUCGUACGCGCUUUUAAACUACGAAUGAGUUCUCUUUUUCCUGAUUAUCAAGCUUUCCAGCUUCUUGCCCUGGAACUUCAGCAUCGCCUCGACUCAUCCUUCAUCCUGUUGAACAAAGAAUACGACCCCGAACCCUGCUGCGAAGCUAAUUCACGGAGAUAUUUCGGUUUCACAAAACUCUUCUUCGAGGAAUCUAGCGAUUGGGUGUGGUCCCUUCUCGCGCGUCCAAGUGGUGGCGCCGCUGAAGGCCCUUCCAUUUUGACAGAGUCCACCCGACUGUCAGCUUUAGAAAGAUUACCCAAUGAGCUGGUGGAUAUUAUCUUCGAUGAGCUGUCAAUGGAUAAGAGGCACGCAGUAGGCCUGGCACUAUGCUCGAAAUAUCUCUGGAACUUGCUCAUUAGAAGGAUUCGCUCGCAAUAUCUCAGAUCGGCGGCACCUUGGGCUGGUAAAAAAGUUUUAGUGCUGGGCAGUCAAACUUCUCAUCUUCCACCAGCAUUUGCAGAACUUGAAACCUAUAACACCUUGAAGUUAAGAAAUGUAAAGAGUCCGCCGUCGGCGAAUCACAGAUCAUUUCGCCUUUUUGAAGAAUUGAUACAGCUAGAUUUCAGCGUUCCUCCCAUAAUGCAUGCCCAGGAAGCGGAAUGGAAGAAGGCAAUAGGGCUCCACUUACCCCGAAAGCCACGCAAUUGGCUUCCCGAUUAUAGCGAAAUUUACGAGUUCGGGCACCUCUCCAUCUUUUGUCUCUUUCCUCAGGACCGUACAUGGAUUCUUAGAAACCUCACAGUCCACAAAUUUGUCUCUUCAAACUAUUUGACAACGCAUAACCUCCGCUAUGCAGGUCUACAUCCCUAUUUUACUUUCCACCAUAUUCUUCUUUCGAGAAUUUGUUGGUCCAGCAUCCCGGAUUCGAUCGACCGGGCAUUGAGCUACAAUAAUGCAAAUAUUCAUCAUGGAAUCUGGGCUGGGCAUUCAUUUGACAUUGUUACCCAAGAGGAACAUGAUGAGACCUGUGGACAAGAGUAUUGGGAGAAUGCUAGUGAAGAAGCCCUGGCACAUGUAGUUCAUAUCUGGAGGAUGGCGACGGAUCACUUACCGUAUUUUCGGCGACGAUACGGGAGGAUCAAGAAUCGCAUUUCAAGCUCUUCGAAAACGGUUGAAUCUGAAGAUUGACCCUCCUGCAAGCUUGUUCAGCUGAAGAAGAUGUGCAAUCUCGUAUGAGGUUCAUAAUCGCCCAUGAUGUUGAAGGUCGUCCCCAAUUCUCGUGCCACAAAGCUUCUUGUCCUCACUGUUUAUUGCCCUUAUUAUGUAGGAGGUUCUAUCUUUGCUAUGUUCAGCAGGGCUGAUAUCCUCUAAG